UUGAUUAGUUUAUUUGGUCAGCAAGGGCAGGUCUUUGAACCAGCUCCUCUGGGAUUCUCCUUAGCUCUUUCCUCACAGCCUCACUUUGACUGCUACAUCUCCUCCCAUCACAUUCCCCCUACCAGGUCGAAGGAAAACAGUGAUGAUUGAUUUCCACCACCCGCCUUCCUUUAAAGAGAUGAGACUUUCCCAAACACCACCUGCCUCCUAAACAGGGCUCCUCUCAGCUCUAUUGGGCAGAACUGGGUCAUGUGUUCUCCCCACCCCACCAUUCCAACAGAGGAAAGAGAGGGCCAUGCCUGCUUUCCUCCAGUCAAGAUUCAUCCCCUGGGGAUGGGCCUACUUCUGUGAGCCCAUUUCAUCAGGAGACCAGGACAGCUGACAUUUUAUGUAUUCGUAUUUAUUGUAUUCGGCAUAGAAGAAACAGCUGCUGGGGAAAAGAGCAGCAGUGUUUGCAACGGGAGGCAAGAAGUUCAAGCACCAGAAGCCGAAGGACAAAACAGACUGUCCGGUGGAAAAUACAGACAGGAGGGUCGCGGUGCCAGCAAGUGGGGCUGACGUCUCCAGGGAUGAAUUCCGAGGAUCCAGUAUCGUUUGGCCUCGCUGUGCCAGUGGCACGCAGACUCACCCGCACAGGAGUGCUGGGAUCCGUCUAGGGAACACACAGCCGCCUGACCAGAUGGGCCGCCCGUUUCCUCUGAUGCCCGGACCCUCUGGUGGGAGCCCCCGCCCCCUUCCCAGCAUCUCACCUCCUCUAUCCUUCUCCAUAUCUCCUGCAGCCCAUCUCCCUGCACACCACCUCUCUUUCGCGGACCGCCUGUCCUCCGUCCGCUAUCAGAGGCAAUCCGAAGCUGAGACACCGAAGGGAGCCUUUGGAGCCUUAGGAUCCAGGCAGGUUUAACGUCACCAUGGCAACCCCUGGAGCGCCCUCCCCCGACCGGCUCUCAGAUGCACCGCCCUGCCCCCCAGGGCCUCAGGGACCCCGCGGGGAGCGGGGCGGGGCCAGAUUGGCGGAGCCGCGUAUAAAGGCCGGGCGCUGCCGCGGUCUCCCAGGGAGAGGAGAGCGGAGAGGCGAGAUGGCGGUUUUGCCGCGGCUGCUGCCGCUUCUGCUUCUCCUCCUCGCCGCCUCUUCGGCCGCCCUUCUGGCGACCAGCGCCCAUUCUUCCUGCCCCGGGCCUCUGGCCCAUACCAUGCACUCCACGUUCAUGUUCGCGGCCACUUCCGCUCCGCUAGGUGGGCUUGCGAGUCCGCGCACCCGCACGCGGCGCCUGGCGCACCCGCUUCAGCGGAGGGAGCUGGCCCGACUCCUCGCCUUGGUGUUCCCCUCCCGCAGCGGGAGAUCGGGCGCCGGGAACCGGAGCGCAGGGGACCCUCAGGCCUCCGGGGCCGCACACCGGCUCCGCACAGGCCAGCGUAGCGCCCCGAAACGCGCCUGGCCUCCAGCUCAGCGCUGAGCAGAGGGCGGCCUCCAACCCGGACUUGGACACUUGUAAACCUUGGAGCAGCAUCGUACGUCCUGUUCCACGAACGACUGUCGCUGACUCAUAGGGAGAGUUCCCGGGACUCCUGCCCACGGCCAGCAAACCUCUCAGUGGGCUCCCUGCAGAGCCGAGGGCAGCCACAGACCACGGGUCACAGGCUCUUGUGUGGUCACCCACCUAGGGACCUUAAAACCAAGGUCCCCUUGGACUCCAGCCCCUUGGAGCUGGCCCGACUCCUCGCCUUGGUGUUCCCCUCCAGCAGCGGGAGAUCAGGCGGCGAGAACCGGAGCGCAGGGGACCCUCAGUCCUUUGGGGCCGCACACCGCUCCGCACACGCCAGCGUAGCACCCCCGACACGCACCUGGCCUCCAGCUAGGCCCUAAGUGUACGUGCCCAUCUCCACAGCCCUGCAGACCCUCCAGGCCUUCCAACACUGACCCUUUACCCCCUCAAGGGCAGCGGCCAUCCCCCGCACCCCCUCAUUCAGGACCCUACCCACGUGCAGGCCGGAAACCCAGCCUGGAGCUUUCCCAUGAUGACACCUGAGUCCUUGUCUGCCUGUGGCCUCGAUGCCUUUGUUCAGCCCAGGGGAGCUGGCUGGAAGGGGCUGCUACCUGGUGGAAGAGAAAUCCUUCAUGCCUUUCAGUGUGUGCCCCACCUCUGCACACUCCUCCCAGAAGCAGCACCCAGAGCCUGCAGAGGGUAAGGAGGCCGGCCUCGGAACCCUCCCAAAGCCGCCAGGCAACCUUGGCCCCAACUGGCUCCCUGAUGCCCCGGUGGCUCCCCGACCCCCAGAAAGGGAAGGGCCGGCUCCAGCAGCCCCUCACCCCCAGCAGCAGUUCAAUCACUCGGUGAGGCUGGCGGGAGACCGGGAAAUGGGGGCGGGAGAGCCACCUGCAUCCAAAGAAGCAAGGCGUCCUCACCCAGUGGGGACCAACCCGAGACCCCUGGCCCCAGCGGGCCUCGGCCUUCCACCGCUGGGGUCGGGUAGGCGGCUGUCUCUGCAGGCUUUGGUGGUGGCUGUGUUCCUGGGAGACAGGCUCGGAAACGCCAGCGUCUCGUGGCUGGUGCAUGGAGCCGUGCAGGGUGUGGUCCCCCUGGUGGGUCUCAGUGCUGAGGUACUGAUGGGCCGUGGGCCUGGAGACCGCUGGCCUGGGACCAGGUUCAGCUGGCUCUUCCAGUGCUGGGGUGUCUUGGUCUUCUGGAGAGUUCUCUCCAGAGGGCGAGAGGGAUGCCCUGCCUUCGGACAGGUGAGGCUGAAAGAGCUGCUGAAUGGAAUGGCUGACGCUGAGCAGGGCCCCCGUGGCCAUGUCCCAGGAGAGCCCCAGGCCCCACGCACAGAGGACUUGUUGGCUGAGCUGGGGCUGCUCGGGGACAGGUUGUCCCACCUGGAGGGGGAGGCGGAGGCACCACAAGAAAACGCCGAGCACCUGGGGCGGCAGGAGGCGCGGGUUCGAGAACUGGAGGGCUUCUUCCUCAACUUCAGGGGCUUCCUGGAAGCCUGUGCCCCGGGACAGGUUCACAGCACAAAGACCGGUCAUCUGUGCAGCCCCCAACCCUGGGAAGGAGCUGGCCUGACCAGCAUGUGUAUGAGUUGUGAAUAA